AUGUUGUCUUUAUUAGAUAAGUGGAUACAGGGAAACAAUGACUUGGCAAAUCAUUUUACGCUGCCUGAAGGACGAGAUGCCGUCAGCUCAGACCACAACCACACCAACCUGAAACAGUCUUCCUCUGAGUUUCACAAACUUUUAAGACAAAUUCAAGGUAUCCCUCCUGAUGCAGAUCAUGCAGAGUUAGAGCUUUCAGUGGUGUAUAAUGCCUCUGUGUGUUUUACUGCUCAGUCUCAAUUUGUGGAGGCUGAGCUACUCCUCAAACAAGCCAUAGAGAGAGUUCUGCAAAUGACGGGAGAUGAUCUUGAUGCUUCAGACACUCGUGUGCUUUGGAGAACAGUUCUCACAUCAGUAGCAAAAACAGCUUUUCAUCACCAUGUACUGAAACUUUUCUGUGUACAGUGGGCAAUAUGGCUGACCAGGUGCCACUUGAAAACUAUUAAAGACUUCCAGAAGGAGAUUGCUGUUUUGUUGGAAACCAUAAGUGGAAAAGUUGGGGAUGAUUGCAGGAAAGAGGCAAAAACAAAGUUUCCAAAUGUUCCAAAACUGGUUAUGGACCCAAGAAGGCUUGUUGAACUUCUGCAGAUCUGCACCAUCAUCACCCAAGGUGCAGAUAAGCUUAACGAAGGCUGGAGUUCAGAGGUUCUGUCUGAUCUUCAGGCAGCUUCAACUUUACCAGCUCCCAGGACUCUUGUAGCGUACACACAUCUCCUUUCAGGCGCCUGCCUCGCUCAUAUGAAUCGCCCUCAGAUGGCACUGCAAUGUUACAGAAAGGCACUGGAGACAGACUCUCGUUGUGUUUGUGCUCUCUACCAGAGCAUACUCAUCUACAGGCAGCUGAAAAACUCACAGGCUGAGAUACAAACUCUCCGUAUUCUGCACUCGGUGAGUAACAAAUCCAUUUUAUUGAUGUGCUCCUCAGAGCCUGCUGUGGCUGGAGCCUGUCUUCUGCCUCCGUCCUUAUUUCUCCGCAGCCAAUCACUGAGCAGCCUGCUCUCAGUCCCGUCUGCCCUCAGUGUCCUUCACAGUCUGGCCCUCAAAUGUGUGCUCUUUGGCAGAGUGCCAGAGGGUGUGGAGCAUUAUCUGGACUUGCUGGCUACUCUUCACUCAGAAGAUCAACUGAGAAUAGGAGCAAAAACAAUGACAGACACACAAGUGCACGCUGAGGUCUCCACCCUCCCAAAAUUACCCUGUCUCUACUUGGAGGCUGGGGCUUCUUUGCUCAUGGCCCAACGACCUGCAGACUGUAUGGCCCUCUGCAACGAAGUCAUCAGCACGACACAGGAUCUGCUUCCACAGAAAGUUGUGUUGGAAGUGUCAGAGGAGGUAGAUGUGGCUGCGAUGGAAGAUGUGAAAGACAAGGGCAACGAUGCUUUGGUGAUGGUUCUCUGGACAGCAACUGCUUACCUCCUCCAGGGUCACUGCUACUCUCACAUGAAGGACUGGAAACAAACUGUGACCCACUACACAAGGUGUAUCAAUUUGUUGGUCAAGGUGCACUACAAAAAGAGAGUUGCAGGUUUCCAAACUCAGAUCCCCAGUGCAGAUACAGAUGUCCAGCAAGCAAUACAUUUUUGCAUCCUCCAAAGGCUUAAAGGACUUUCAUUAGCUGGUAGAGGUAUCGGUUUCAUCCAGAUGGACCGACUGAAAGAGGCCCUCAGAGACCUGCAGCACAGCCUGCAGGCCCUGCCAGAGGGUGUGGGUGCAGGGCUGUGGUGUGGUGAGGUGCUGUGGAGGCUCGGCAGGAGGCGCGAAGCAGCAGCUUGUUGGAAAAAAACCUGGGACCUUCCCACGCAAUCCUUAACAGAGACUCUUCCUGUGUAUGUACGAGAACCUCAGACUGGACCUUUGUUGGACUGUACUGAACUGCGCCACAGAUUACAUGAACUCCGUCCUUUCUAG